GAGCUCACUCCUCCCCGCGAGCUGCCGGGAGCGCAGCGUAGGGUGUCCGGAGCGCAGCGCUCCCAGCCCCGCCACGCCCCGUCCCGUUCGCGCCCCCACCCCCACCGGCAUGAGGCCGCCGUGCGCUCGCUGUCGCCGGCGCAGCGGGGGCUAAGGUGCCCUCCAGGGGCGCAGAGAGAGCGCCGGGUGCCAGCAUUGGAGAGUGCUGUGCGCUCAGCGCCCCUGCCCAGGCGCGGGCACUGGACUGAGUCCCCCCGAGCGCUGGAGAGCACCGCAGACUGAGCGCACCCGGCACUGGCCUUAGAGAGUGUUGAGUGCCCUCUGCCCAGGCGCCAGCAUCAAACUGGGCACUGGCACGGAGCCGAGCACCCCAGGCACCAGCGAGCACUGUGGCCUGAGAACCCCACGCCUGGGCACCAGUAAGCCCUGCAGACUUGGCAGUGGCCUGAGUCCCCCGUGCAUUGGUGUUGAGCCCCUGCAGGCUGGGCUUUGGCAAACACCGCAUCCAGCUGGAUCGGCGCUGGGCACCUGGACGCUGCUGGCCGAGGGUCACUGAGGCUUGGAUCUGCCCCUGCCCUGCUCCGUCCAUCUGCCCUUCUUCGCUUACCUUGGCAACAUGCUGCCCCGGCCGGUACACCUUCUGCACGGCUCUGUCACCCCCCUCUUCUGCCUUCUGGCACUGAUGGCGGCCCUGCCCCCGGGGGUGCCCACCUGCCCCAUGCUGUGCACCUGCUACUUCUCCCCACCCACGGUCAGCUGCCAAGCCAACAACUUCUCGUCGGUGCCCCUGGUGCUGCCCCCCAAUGCCCAGCGCCUCUUCCUGCAGAACAACCUGAUCGGGGCACUGCGGGCGGGCACCUUCGGGCCCAGCACCAUCACCCUCUGGCUGUACUCCAACAACAUCUCCUCCAUCCAACCCGGCACCUUCCGCCACCUGUCCGCCCUGGAGGAGCUGGACCUGGGGGACAACCGCAACCUGCGCAGCCUGGACCCCGACACCUUCCGGGGGCUGGAGCGCCUGCAGUCCCUACACCUCUACCGCUGCCAGCUCAGCAGCCUGCCCAGCACCCUCUUCCGCAGCCUCUUCAGCCUACAGUACCUGUACCUGCAGGAGAACAACCUGCUCUACCUCCAGGACGACCUGUUUAUGGAUCUGGCCAACCUGAGCCAUCUCUUCCUGCACGGGAACAAGAUCCGGGUGCUGUCAGAGCACGUGUUCCGGGGGCUGUGGGGGCUGGACCGGCUGCUGCUGCACGUCAACCGGCUGCACUCAGUGCACCGCUGGGCCUUCCGCGACCUGGCCAAACUCACCAUCCUCUACCUGUUCAACAACAGCUUGGCAACGCUGCCAGGCGAGACGCUGGCCGAGCUGCCCUCGCUGGAGUUCCUGCGCCUCAACAACAACCCCUGGGCCUGCGACUGCCGCGCCCGCUCCUUGUGGGCCUGGUUCCAGCGCUCCCGCGUCUCCAGCUCGGCCGUGGCCUGUGUCACCCCGCCUGAGCGCCAGGGUCGUGACCUGCGCCACCUGAGCCAGGCUGAUUUCUGGGACUGCCUCCCGGCCAACCACGGCCCGGCCCGGCCUGCCGGGGGCACCAAGCCGAAGUGGGGUGGGGAGGCCGAGGCAGGCCGGCCCCGCAGCAACAGCUCCUCCAACCACCUGUACGGGCUGGGGGAAGCUGGGGCGCCUGCCGCCGACCCCUCCUCCUUCUACCGGGACCUGCCGGCCAGUGACAUCCGCAGCCCCAAGUACGACUCGCCCACCGAGGUGGACUACUGGGCCGGCUAUGGUAGUGAGGAGGGCCGGCUCAAGGAGGGUUGUGCCGGGCCUGGCUGCUCCCCGCUGGACUCUGGGGCCUGCCAGCCAGGCACACUGCCCGCAGCCCUACCCCCACUCCUGCUGCUGCUGUUGGGGCCCCCCGGGCUCUGACCCAGCCCCACCAGACUGCCCCGGACUGAGCAAGGACAGCGACUGUGGGAGGAGGGGAGGACAGACCCUAAAUAACCCCCCAUGGCACUGAGACAGGGGGGCAGGCCCUCAGCCCCCAUUCUGGGACUGAGCCUGCCUUGUUUCUCUCUCACACUCACACACACACACACACACACCUGCCCUUGUGGGCAGCUGGCUAGUGGGGAAUGUGGAGUUUGAGCAACGGGUGCUUUCUCGAUGCCCAGUGGAUUCCUGCUGCUUGUCUGCUUUUGGAUGGGAGCCUAUCAGUGCAAACAGGACCCCCAGAGAACCCCCUGCUGGCACCCCAGCUUCCCUCCCCAUUAGGCCCUCACACCUCCAGGGAACACCCACAUAGGACCCCAACCCCAAGGGACCAUUCCAUGCUAGCCCCCAACCCCCUUGAUGUUGCUCACUGGACCCCCCCCACCCACCCACUGCACCAUCUCUCCCACCCUGGCUAGAGCCCCCCCCUUCCUAUGUGACAAACUGUGCAGGGGGACCAGCUGUUGGAUGCCUCUUCCCCAUGCAAAAGUCCACAGCAUGGUCCCUAGGAGUUAUAGCUCCCCUCCUGCUGAAGAGAGAGGGGGAUCAGUGUCCUUUUAAUCCCCUACUGUCCCUUCUAAGCCACACCACCCCCUGCUCCCACAUGCCCACAGCUGCCCCCCCAACCCAUUCCCCACAUCCCUAUAAUCUCCACUCCAAGCUACUGCUUUCCCCCACACACAAUCCCCCCCCCCCCACUGCCUCCUAAUGGAGAGAGAGAGGGAGCAGCGUCCCCUCCCCUGCAGUACUCCCAGCCCCUUCUUUCCCUUUCCCACAUGACACCCCCCCUCAUCCCCACCCACCUCUCCCUUCCCCCAUCUCCGUGUUCCUGGACUGGCCCUCGGGGAUGAAAGCUCUUUCCUUCUCCCCUUCCCUCCUCUUAGUCUGGUGGGAUCUCCCCCCAAGCCCCGCUCUGCGGCUCUGACCCCCCCUUUGCCGACACGUCUGAUGCUGGAUGUUUUUCUGCUGCUCACCCCAGCCCCCUUCUAACAAGCAAAAAAAAGGGGGGGGGGGUUGGAAAAUUAUUUAU